AUGACGACGAUGCUGCUGCUGUUGCUGAGGACGAUACCGCUGGUGAUGGUCCCUCGGCUGAUGGUGCUAUAUACGUUCGCCAGCAAGGUGGCUGCGAUCCAGGACCAGUACGCCGACUCAUCCAUAGGCAACGUGACCGGAAGCAACGCCGUCAACGUGUUCCUCGGCAUCGGCAUCGCCUGGUCGCUGGCCGCCAUCUACCACGCGGCAACGGGCGGUGUGUUCGAGGUCGACCCGGGCUCGAUCGCCUUCUCCGUGUCGAUAUUCUGCGCGUUCGCCGUGCUCGCCUUCCUCGUGCUGCUGCUGAGGCGCACGAAGAGGGUCGGCGGCGAGCUGGGUGGUCCGGUCAAGUACAAGCUGCCGACGGCCAUCUUCUUUGUCAUGCUCUGGGUCGCCUACCUGAUCCUGUCCAGCUUGGAGGCCUACUGCCUCAUAGAGUGGUGAGCGCCCACCGCUCGCUGCCGGGUGGCGCGCCAAUCGUUCGCCGACGUCGUCCUCGUCACCUGUGCAACGCGUCUGCCGUCGGUGGCGCCCUCUGUGAGCGAGAGUGUAGCGAGAAUUGCUGGUUAGAAAAUUGGGAAGAAAUCGCGACGGCGGUCGCUGAUUGGUUAACGCCGACAAGUUUGAUCGUCGCCGGCGCGAUCACGAGGAUAAAUCGAGCGUCGGCGAUAGGACAGCCCGUUUGCACAGGUGACGAGAAGGUUCGAGGCGACGCUAGUGGCUGUCAGAAGGCAGGAGUGCCACGAGGAGAGACAUUAGACGCGUACAUCUGCUGACACGAUGCAGUUCUGUCAGAGAAGGGGGUGCUGCGAGCGGCGGGCCCCGUCCCACACUGGCGCUAGCGAAAUGCUAGUGUUGCUUUUUGAAACCGAGUUGGUGAUGCCACGGUGUGAGCUGCCGCGCGGGCCCCGAUGUUUGUGAUCCCUGAAUCUCUGCCGGUAAACGAUGCACUCGUGGAAAGCAGGCGAGCAAAUGCAGGGAUUUUUUUAUUUGGCCACUAUAUUCAAUUUCGUUUAGGUGGCGGUAGCUUUAGCUGCCACGUUGGAGCCAGUUCUAAGACGGAACGUUAGAAAGAAGAAUAUAGAGGAAUAUUGUGUGCCCGAGUUACAGGGGAGUAGAGUCUGCCUGCCGUAUAUACCGACCUUACAAACGAUAUGGGUCUAAAUGGUUCUAACCGUGUGCGUCUAUUUCCUUUACUAUCGUAUUUUUACCCAUAUAGCACACCUCAAUACACAAAAUAAGGUUAGUGAUACUACUUACCAUGUGCAAGUAGACCAUAGACACACCACUACUACUCGUCCACGACCGUCAUAAAGUCAGAUUAGUUCAUUCUCAAUACAAGCAUCAAUAAAGAUCUAUGUAGCGGUAGAUGAUCCAUGGGUUUACGCCACACGAAUGGGGCGCCAUGUUGUGCUACGGGCAACGUGCAACAAUUUCGUUACGAUUGUUAUUUAUAUAUGAUAUUAUUGUUGACUUUAGAAAUAGUGCUUGCCCUAGAGACUAUGUGUAUGGUCUGAUUUCUGAUUAGAAAUGGUAAGCCGGUGAGUCAUUUACUUGACGAUGUUUAAUGAAACGAACAACGCGGAAACGAUAUUUGUUUACACGUUGUUUACUUCGCAUGCCGGUGAAUCUCUCAGUCUGUUUUGAUCGUGUCGAAUAUCUAUUUAUGCGGAUUGUUAUCAUCAUUGCGUUUUUUAAAUAAUUUUUUUCGAGUAUGCAACCGCCAACGUGCUAUAUUUAUUUGCAUCGCGUGUUUAUUUGCCCCGCGCCUUCCAAGCACGGUAGUCUUGCUAUGUCAGUUGAAGAAUAAUGCAGCUGUAUUCAGCCUUUAUGGCAUCUGCCACGAGAUAUCUCAUUAUCUCAUUAUCUCGAGAAAAUUAUGAAGAUUAAUUUGUCACGUGUUUUACACAUACACGCGCAUGCGCUGUAAAUGUCUGCGUGAAGUGUGAUAUUUGUCACGUGUGUCGACCGUCCAAGAAUGAUCCAUGCACAGAAGGAUGACCGCUAGCCCUACCUCCGAUUUUGUUUGGAUUCCGUAAACGAUACGUAAACAUGUGGCAGAGGUUAACCGUAAAUAUAUGGCAAACUAAUUUAAACGCUAUUGUUAGUUAAAUCCGGGUAAUUCUGCGUAUGAGAACAGCGAAAUUAGCAAAACACGAUACAAAUAAUCUGACCUUAGAUAUAUACUAUCAAGAGUACAUAAAUCUUGUGGCUAAUUUGCUCCUGAUACGAUAUAUAUAUAUAUA